AUGGAUUCUGCAUCAAAACGACAAAAAUAUAGCAAGAUAGGAAAUGAAGAUAGGAUCAGCAAAUUGCCAGAGUCAAUUCAGUGUCACAUAUUGUCAUUUCUCUUCACAAACGAAGCCGUUACAACCAGCAUUUUGUGCAAGAGAUGGAGGCUCGUCUGGACCUCACUUUCUGUUUUAUCUUUUCAUGAUUAUUCUUAUAUGAAAGAAGAAGAGAUGAAAUCAUUUGUGGAUUUUGUGAACAGGGUUCUGAUUCUUCACGCAAACCCUGUUGAGGAGAUUGAACUUCCCCUCAGAAGAAGAGGUACUCCUCUGCUUGUUCGGCUUCCCCAACUUCUUUUUAGUUGUGUAUCUAUAAAGGUAUUGAAGCUUCUUAUUGAAGAUAUACCUGGCCUUUUUGAAUUCGAUAUGCUACAAGUCCUACUGCCGCCCCUAUGA